CGUUUUGACUCUGGCCUCUCUGCCUCCCGGCCUCGCAGAACAGGAAGUGCCUCCGUGUGGGGCGCCGGGCCGGGGUCCGAGGGGCGGGCCGCGGGGGGCGCCCCUCGGAGAGCCGGCCCCAUCGCCCUCUCCCUCCCACAGCUGAACUACCUGGGCCCCCCCUUUAACGAACCGGACUUCAACCCGCCCAGGCUGAGCGCCGAGGCCCUGCCCAGUGCCACGGUGAACUUUGACGUGUGGCGAAGCCUCAACGACCGCCUGAGGCUGGCUCAGAACUACCAGGCCUACAGCCACCUGCUCUGCUACCUGCAGGGCCUGGACCGCCACGCCGCCACGGCCGAGCUGCGACGCAGCCUGGCCCACUUCUGCACCAGCCUCCAGGGCCUGCUGGGCAGCAUCGCGGGGGUCAUGGCCGCCCUGGGCUACCCGCUGCCCCCCCAGGGGGCCGAGCCCGCCUGGGCGCCCGGCCCUUCCCACAGCGACUUCCUCCAGAAGAUGGACGACUUCUGGCUGCUGAAGGAGCUGCAGACCUGGCUGUGGCGGUCAGCCAAGGACUUCAACCGGCUUAAGAAGAAGAUGCAGCCCAGAGCUGCGGCGGUCACUUUGCGCCUGGAGGCCCCCGCUUCUGACCUCUGACCUCUCUCCUGCCCCUGCCUUUGCAAUAAGCUUCCCAGCCUCCUCGGGAGGAUCCCCCGCUCUCGCCGAGAGCGACGCAAUAAAGCCCCCGCCUUCCGGGAGCCCCGGCCUCGGGCCUCCCCACCUUCCCGUUCUGGCCUCUGAAGCGGCCCCGCCAGACCAGGAAAGGUGGGGCUCACCGCACAAGUGCCUUCUGGGCAGAGCCUCGCCGCCCUCCCAGCCCUUUGCCUUCAGCCAGCCCAGCCUUCUAAUCCGGCCGAGGCAGGAACCCCCAAAGAGGAGGCGGGACGAAAGGGCCCCUGGGAUCCCCCUCACCAAAGACGCCACGCCAAUGGCAACCAUGUCGAGGGUCCAUAACUUGGCCUCACGUUUCUCCUUAACAUCACGCCGGGCUCCCUGCCCGGCCCAGCGGGGCAGCCACAGUCACAGAAUUUCCUAAAAGUUUACAUUGUUGAGGACGGUAGCAUUUGGGGGAUGAGGAGAGGGCGGCUCCCUUGGGACCUGCCCCCCAACCCCCCACUCACAACUCUCAGUUUGUUUGUAUUAAUAUUUAUUUAUUUGGAGAUGUUAUUUAUUAGAUGGUAUUUAUUGCAGAAUUUCUAUUCUUGUAUUAACAAAUAAAAUGCUUUCCCCAGA